UCAGCACACGCGCACACAGCUGUGACGUUUGUCUGCGUUUAGCAAAACUGCUCUUGACAAUGUCGCUGCUUCCGCUGAGAGGAUUAUAAAAUCGUGAUCUGCCACAUGCUCAUUAAAAUAUAAAGCGACGCGUGAGGGAUUAUAUUGCAGUGUGUCUUUCGUUUUGAUUUUGAUUAUUUGUAAAAAUAAUAAUAAUAAUAAUAAUUGUGCGAAUGACGCCUGGAUGUUGCCUCGGGCACGCUACAGACGAUUUUUCUUUUUCCUCACGGAUUUAAAGCGUGCUCUUGUACUUUUGGUGUAAAACUCAGUUUAGUGUCAUGAUUUCGAUGUACUGGUCGAGUGGUAGAUUAGCUUUGUUGCUGAUAUUCACAUUUGUCAGCGUGUUUGUAUUGUGUGAAUAUGUGAUUUAUUAUCCUGUUAUCCUGCGAUGCUCAUGGCCUAAUGUUCAGACUGUAAAUUCACAUGUACCUUUACGGGCGUUUUUUCUUUCCGAUACUCACUUACUAGGGGCCAUUAAAGGACACUGGCUCGACAAACUAAGAAGAGAAUGGCAGAUGGAAAGGGCAUUCCAGACAUCUCUGUGGCUUCUAAAUCCAGAAGUUGUCUUCAUUUUAGGAGAUGUUUUUGAUGAGGGCAAGUGGAGCUCCAGUCAGGACUGGGAAGACGACAUCAGACGUUUUAAACGGAUCUUCCGUCAUUCUAGUGACACAGAGCUUGUGGUUCUUAUUGGAAAUCAUGACAUCGGCUUCCAUAACGAAAUGACUAAGCAGAAGUUGGAGCGCUUUGAGCAAGUGUUUAACAAGACAUCAGCGCGGAUCCUCACCUUUAAAGGAGUCAAUUUUUUGCUGGUGAAUAGUGUUGCGUUACAUGGCGAUCACUGUCCCAUCUGCCAACGUGUGGAAAAGGAGUUACAAAAACUUUCAGAGGCUCUUAACUGCUCCAUUCAGGGUGCCCUGCAUAAUAACCAGUGCAAGAACACAGAGAGUUUUGCCCCAAUAGCACCUGUUCUACUACAGCAUUACCCUCUGUAUAGAGUGAGUGAUGCCAUGUGUACAGGUGUAGACAUAGCACCUCUGGAUGAACGGUACCAGCUAUUUCAGGAGCGUUAUGAUGUUAUAUCUAAGAAUGCUUCCAAAAAGCUCUUGUGGUGGUUCAAGCCCCGCCUAAUUCUGAGUGGCCACACUCACCAUGGCUGUGAAGUACUGCAUGAAAACCUCUAUCCUGAGAUCAGUGUCCCGUCCUUCAGCUGGAGAAACCGCAACAACCCCAGCUUCAUCCUGGGCACAUUCUCCAGGUCUGACAUCCGGCUGUCAAAGUGUUUUUUGCCAGAGGAGAGGACUGUGUUAGCACUUUACUGCAGCAGCUGUCUAAUCAUUGUGCUGAUAACACUCAACUGUAUCAGAAUGUUCAGAAGAUCACUGCAUUUGCCAAAUAGCCAUCUAGGAAAGCACAAGACUUUGUAGUAUGCACAAAAACGUGAGUGUUAUAUGGCACUGUUAAUGAAAGUCCUGAAUUCUUGUGCAGAGAAACAAGAAAUUAUUGAAAAUCAAUGAUUCUACUGGUUUGGAUGUUCUCACAGCAUCUUUGAUUUCUGAUUUUAAAUGGUUAACUUUUUUUGAUACACAAAUAAAAGUCUUAAUUUCAGAACUGUUAA